GGCGAGGAAGACGACAUGACUCAUGAGUCCACCACGAAACAAACGAACGAGCUAACUCGGGCACUACUGGCUCGGUGGGGCCCACCUCCCACCCGGCCCGGCCCGGCCCAUGAGAGAAACGCGAAAAGCCAAGGCCCAGGGACUCGUUUGGGCCCGGCCUGCAGGGCCGCCGCAGCGUUACUAGUAUAUAGCUAUGUCGAAAACGGCAAGCGCACGAGCACACAACCCGCUCUUGACCCAAGUCCUCACCCUUCCCCUCCCCCCGUGCUCCUUCGCUCCCGUCAAAACCCUCGCCCCCACCACUCCGGCGGCGGCGGCGGCGGCGGCCGUCCUUCCUCUCCGGCGAGGGCUGCCUCUACGUCCGUACAAGAGAUUAUGGAUGGGCCUGCUGAGACUCCUGCUGUUACGGAGCAUGAGAUGAGCGAGAUCCCUGAACCUACCAGCGGUGAGCAAGCCGAUGCUAGCAUUGAGGAACAAGCCAAUCCUGAGAGUGAUGUGCCAGAGCAGAUCAAGGAAGAAGCGGAAAAUACAUCUGAUGAGGAACCCAAAGGCACAAACAACGAAGAAUCUGGGAACCCGAGUGAUGAAGCACAGGUGACUGUAAAAGAUGAGGAUAUGGGGGAUCAAAAUAGCGAGGACCAGGCUAUCCGUUCACUUGAAGAGCCAGCUGAAGCAGAGCAACUGGCCAAUGUGGAGACGGAAGACACGAAAUGGCCUGGGUGGCCUGGAGAAAGUGUGUUCCGUGUACUGGUUUCUGCCCAAAAGGUGGGUGCGCUCAUUGGCCGCAAAGGGGAAUUUAUCAAAAGAAUGUGUGAUGAAUCCAAAGCCCGCAUAAAGAUUCUUGAUGGCCCACCAGGUGUUCCAGAAAGAGCUGUAAUGAUUUCAGCAAAGGAUGAGCCAGAUGCACUCGUUCCGCCAGCCAUUGAUGGUCUGCUCAGAGUACAUAAUAGAAUAACAGAUGGUUUAGACAGUGAAACCGACCAGGCUCAGCGAGGUGCUGGUCCUGCAGGGCCAACACGGCUACUUGUGCCAGCUUCCCAAGCUGGCAGCCUGAUUGGCAAGCAAGGAGCAACCAUUAAAUCAAUACAGGAUGCUUCAAAGUGUGCUCUCCGCAUUCUUGAGAAUGUGCCACCUGUAGCACUAAAUGAUGACAGAGUUGUCGAGAUACAAGGUGAACCUCAUGAUGUUCACAAAGCAGUGGAACUGAUUGCAAGCCAUUUGAGAAAAUUUCUUGUUGACCGUAGUGUUCUCCCUUUAUUCGAAAUGCAGAUGAAAGUGCACAGUGCGCCCAGAGAGCAACCUAUGCCUGCUCCUCAGCAGUGGGGUCCUCCUCCGCCCUGGAGUCAUCCACCAAACAUUCCUCCCAGUGGCCCAGGUUAUGGUGGGAAUCCACAUUUUAUGCCGCCACGGCCACAAGACAACUAUUAUCCUCCUCCUGAUGUGCACCAUGUGGAAAAGCAACCGCACUAUGGGAUUUCUUCAUAUGGACGUGAUGCAAAUCCAACUGCUGCUCCUACCUCAGGGAAUCAACACCUAUCGCAUGGGUCUUCUCAAAUUUCGCAAAAAAUGCAAGUUCCUCUUUCCUAUGCUGAUGCUGUGAUUGGGUCUGCUGGUGCCAAUAUUAGCUAUAUCCGCAAGCAUAGUGGUGCGACAAUAAGUAUUCAAGAAGGUGUUCCUGGGGAGAUGACGGUCGAGAUCGCAGGAAGUGCCUCACAAGUUCAAACUGCUCAGCAGCUGAUCAAGAAUUUCAUGGCCGAAGCUUCUCCCCAAGUUCCUCCACCAGGUCCCGCUCCUCCCUCCCAACCAGUUGACUCGGGCUACAACUCAUACCCGCCGUAUGGAGGACCGUCGUAUGCAACCCCUCCAGGCGGCGCAGGUCCUACCCCUCACAAUGGGGGAGGCUAUGGGGCACACUACCCGCCGAACUACGGGUACUAGCUGGACAUGAAACACUAGGAUUUAGUGAUGAAUUCGGUUUUGUUGUUCGGCCUGUUAAUCUGUUGAGCACGUGAGACCAUUAUUAGGAUUUCCAUACUUUCGGUGGUGUAAACUCUGGAGCACAGCUGUUCUUUGAUGUGCUGUUUAGUUGCCUUUUUGGUGCUGUAAACUUGAUCAGUAAUCUACGGGCUCUUUCAUGCUCAA